GAUAUGGCCAACAGGUUCACUCGAAGAACAAGUUCAAAAUCUGGUGAAAACAUAGGAAAUGGAGUUGUUCCACAAAAUGAAACCUCAAGAUUUCAAAACAGUUGAUGUCACAAAGUUAACAUUUUCUGUUAACGGUCAGAAACCUUUGACACCGAAAGGUGUAGCUAAGAUAGGUGGAGGGUACAAUAUGUUUCUUCAAACUUCAUUGCCGCAAAAUUUACGAAUGUAUGAUCAUAGUGAGGAAACCGUUGAUACGGCCCACAAACUCUUCACCACCACGUUUCCAAGAGGUUUCGCGGUGGAGAUUCUCCAGGUUUAUUCCGGCCCUCCAGUGAUCGCGUAUAAAUUCAGACAUUGGGGUUACAUGGAAGGACCAUUCAAAGGCCAGCCACCUACCGGUGAAUUAGUAGAAUUGUUCGGUGUAUGUACAAUGGAGGUGAGAAUACAAUUUUACAACCUUUCUUUUACCCAAAUUUAUUUGAACUUUUUUUUUUUGGAUGAGAAUUUCAAAAUCGUGAAGGUGGAAUUCUUCUAUGAUAGAGGAAAAUUGCUCGCUGGUCUCAUGAAGGGUGCCGGUGCCACCACUGUAGAUUCCACUACGGGUGGAGAGUCGUCAGCAUGUCCUUUUUCUUAG